CUCUCGUCCUUAAUGCUAAUGGAACGGAUGCGUCGCGAGCACGGCAAAGUCGAUGGAGAAUUCGAAUGGAUUUUGAAACCGAUGCAGUUUGUUCUUUUCGUUUCUUGGCAACGAUGUUCGAGGAUGCAGGAAACUGCGGAAUGCUAAGUUAUCGACCGUAUUCGUUUGACCCUCGUUUAGUAUUUGCCACUGCCACGCUGUCGCUACGACUGCGAUCGCGUGUCACGUUGUCCGUUUCUCAAAGUGGGCUCGCUGUUCUUCAUUAGGGAUGCGGACACCUACCUAUGAACGUGGAUUCUAAUAGUCGAACAUGACACGAAAGAUUCUUCUUUAUUUAUUUCACGUGUACGCGUUGAUAACAGUUUCCAAUACUCAAGAUAUUUUAGGAUGCGGAGGAUUUUUGAAAAGUCACGCGCACAUCGACUUUGCCAAAGUUCAAAUCAAACUAUAUACGAAAGCUGGGAGCCUCAAAGACUCUACGGAAUGUGCUCCAAACAAUGGAUAUUAUUUUCUUCCUUUGUACGAUAAAGGAGAGUACGUUCUGAAGGUAGAUCCACCUAGAGGAUGGAGCUUCGAUCCGAUGGAAGUUUUAUUGCACGUGGAUGGGACGUCCGAUGCUUGUAGCCAAGGGAAAGACAUAAAUUUUACUUUCAAAGGAUUCGGUAUCACGGGCAAGGUUGCCGCUUUGGGAUCGGAUUAUGGACCGAAAGGUGUAACCGUAGCUUUGUAUAAGGAGGAUAACGAACAAGUUCCCGCAGAAACGACGCUCACAGCGGACGGAGGAACGUUUUAUUUCACGCCCAUACAACCUGGAAGAUACAUACUCGUCGCGUCGCAUCCAAUAUGGGCAAUGGAAAAGAACACUGUCACUGUAACAGUCCGAGAAGGCAAUACGGAACUUCCGGAUGGUAGCUUAGUAGUUUUCGGUUACGACGUGAGCGGUCGAGUAACCAGCGAAGAGGAACCGGUCAGUGGAGUAACGUUUAUACUCUUCGGGAACGGAUCGGCUAAAAAUUGCACUACCACAGCCAUAAGUAAAGAGCUUCAGUCGAGAAACCCUAUUUGCCAUGUCGUUUCCGACAGGAAUGGCAAGUUCGUGUUUCCAAUCGUGUCGCCCGGAGAAUAUAAAUUGGUUCCAUACUAUGCCGGUGGCCAAACCAAAUUCGACGUUCAACCCAGCGAAUUGAAUUUUAAAGUAGACCAUAGUAGCGUCGUAUUACGACUAGGCUUCAAGGUAACCGGGUUUACGGUAUACGGAUUCGUUCGUACGGCAAUCGAUGGCGAUCCUCUGCCGGGCGCAAAAAUCUUCUUGUCGCAAAAAGAAGUUGCAACGUCGGAUGCGAACGGCAAGUACGUGCUAGACAACAUGAAAGCUGGACAGUAUUCGUUGAAAGCGGAAACAGACGAUAUGCUUUUCAUCGAGAAGUCUGUGAAAAUCUCUCCGAGCUCUUCGGAACUGGCUGUUCUAACACCGUCGGCUUAUAAAGUUUGCGGAAAGGUCACCUUAUCGGCUAAAGGAACGCUGCAUCAUCGAAGGGUUUCCGCGCAAAACACUGCCGCCAGUUUUCACAAAGAGAUCGAAACGGAUCCAACGACCGGAGAAUUCUGCGUCUAUCUCUCACCCGACAAAUAUCAAUUAAGCGUGAUCGUCAGUAAUGAAGAAAGAGACAAAGGCCUGCAAUUUUUCCCGCUGCAACAGACAAUCGAUGUAUCGACUCGACCGGUGGCCGACGUAAACUUUUUACAAUUGAAAGCGACGCUGUCGGGCACGGUCAAGUGUCUGUCGGGAACCGAUUGCAGCCAGGCUUCCGUUACUUUGAAGGUACUAGACGGGGUCACCAUAAAAACGAUACAAUCGAAGGAUGGCGAGUAUCGGUUCUCGGACGUGUUGCCCGGUCAUUACGAGGUACUGAUAGACAACGAUGUGUUCUGUUGGGAAAAUCCUAGUUACAGGAUUUCGGUCACCUCGGAACGCGCGGAAGUGCCAGCUUUCGUACAGACUGGAUUCUCCGUUACUUUCAUUUCUUCUCACGACACCACGGUAGGAUAUUCAGAACCCGGCGAUGCGACCAAACUAACGUUAGUUUUGAACAAAGGGAACACGAAGCAUUGCGUGUCGAAGCCUGGUGUAUAUUCGUUCACUACGAAAGGUUGCCACGUGUACGAACGAACGUCGUACAGGUGGGACACCAACAGUCUCUCCCCUAUAUUAUUACACUCGACCGAACAUAGCCACAGGGGGAGCAUUCAGAGUACUUCUUCGUUGAACGGGGUCAAAGUGAAUAUCGAGAGUGCGGGCGACAUUAUUACAUUGGGUCCGUUGAAACCUGUGAAAGAGGAGCACUUGUACAAGUACGAGUUUGAAUUUAAGGCAAAGACGGACAACGUUUACACGAUAACGCCGCUGUCGAAUAUACUUCUGUUCAAUCCUCCGUCGUUGAAAGUGUUGGCAGUGAACGAUUGUCAAAACGAUGUCGCUUCGUUUAUCGGCGAAUUGGGAAAGAUCAUUGCAGGAAAGAUCGUUCCACCGUUGGAAGGUGUUACCGUACAAGUGUUCGGAAACGACGAUACUUCUCCGAUGCACACGUUGGUCACGGAAAAGGAUGGGACGUACAGUGUCGGUCCUUUGGAUGGAAAGAUAGACUACAGAAUCACGGCAGAGAAAGACGGAUUCGUGAUCACAGGACCGGAUACCAGCGGAGUAUUCUUGGCGCACAAGUUGGCCGAGAUAAUCGUUCAAGUUUCCGAUCAAGCCGACAACACCUCUUUACAGGGCGUCCUCCUUUCUCUGUCCGGCGGACAAAGUUACCGAAAGAACAGCGUCACCGGCGAAGAGGGCAAGUUGAUUUUCAAUUCGUUGUCUCCCGGGGAGUAUUAUCUGAGACCGAUGAUGAAGGAAUACCGUUUCGAUCCUCCAUCGAAAAUGAUCAAAGUGACGGAAGGCGCGACCGUGAAGGUGAAGCUGUACGGUAAACGAGUCGCUUUCAGCGCUUACGGAUCCGUAACGUCUUUGAACGGAAAGCCCGAGGCUGGUUUGCUGAUGGAGGUACAGGGUCAGGGAGAGUGUAGCAAUCUUCAAGAAGAAGCAACCACCGAGGAAAACGGAAACUUCCGGAUCAGAGGACUUCAGCCGAGGUGUACGUACGUGUUUCGAUUGAAGCCGAACGCGGAGGUUAACGCGCACAUCCACCACACCAGUCCCGAUUCUAUACCGGUACAGAUCUCGGAAGACAUUCACGGUCUACGAUUGAUCGCGUUCCAUCCGAUAUCGCGCACCGACGUUUCCGUGCACGUCGUAUCGGUGCAGCCGGAACACUACCGCACGCUGAAGGUGAAGCUGUGCAGGGAGGACAUGCCGGACUCGCCGAUUCACACGAGUAAACUGGAGGGGCAGCAGUUGAGCAAGAUCGGUAGCAAUUAUAACGCCGGAUUUCUGGUGCAUCUGCCACCGUUGCAGGCGGACGGCAAGAAAUAUUUCGUGCAACUGGAGUCGUCUCUCCCCCAGACGAUGCACAAGUACCGAACCGUUCCAUUCUACUUCGAAGCGAACUCGUCGUUCAAACACGUCAAGUUAACGUUCAACGCGGAACGAAAGAUCGAUCAGAGCGAAAUGAAUCAAACGUCCGUGAUCGCGUUACCGUUUAUAAUGCUGAUCGCGUUCGCGUUUCUCAACCGUGAAAAGAUCUGGACAUGGUUGAACGCGUCGAUCGAGAGACGCUCGAAACCAGCCGCGAGUUCGCGAACCCCGAUUCAAGCUGUUCCCAUCGAUCCGAGGGCGGACGACAUCAUCGUCGAGCAAAUAAUGAACAUUAACAAAAGGAAAACCAAGCCGCGGAAAACGUAAUCGAUCGUUUUCCUUUUCUUAUUCUUUCCGUUUUCGUUUUCGUUUUCGUUGUCGUUGUCGUUGUCGUUUGCGUUUUCGAAUCGUUGUUUUUAUUACUCGAGAAGAUAGCCUCGCGAAUCUAGACGAGAUUCGCGGUGUAAAUAUCGGAAAUAAUGUACAAAUACAUCUGCGACGGAUUUGCUCGGGUGUCACCACCGGAAUUCGUUCUGACUAAAUCACUGUGCAACUUUUAUGUGGAUCAGCAUUAUUUUAUUUCACUAAAUCCAACACAAUGUACCCUUGUACGCUUUCUAAUCGACCAUUAAUUAAAGAUU